CUCCGCACAGCGUCGACGCCUACUUCUCAUCGCCCGCUUUCCCAACUUGUAACGGCAGCGCGGGCGUACAAGGGCCAAUUUGGCACAUUCUUUUCCCUCUCGCCACCAUGAAGGGUCUCAAGAAGACACUGCUUAGAUCCAAGUCUCAGGAUUCAUCAUCCUCCAAGAACAAAGAGUCCAAACCCUCCGCGACUGCGGUGGCCAACGCUGCACCGGCACCUAUUCUUAAUAGCAACAAACCACUCCCUCAACCCACGUCGGCUGUCGCUAGUCUCAAUCAUCUCACCAACAACAGCCACCACUCGCUCCCUACCUCUAACGGUUCUUCUACUCGUUCUGCUGUCUCUUCCAUCCCAGCGCCGAAUGCCGAUCGUCGGUAUUCCGCGCCAGAUAGGGCGACUCCAGCCCCGCCCAUCGUGGUUGUCAGCCCCGAUGCAGCUGCUGAACAGCCUGACCGGUUGAUGGAUACCGCUGGAGGCCCUUUGACUCCUCCGCGAGCAAACCUCAACCGUUUGCGUCCCGGCCCCAAGGAUACAAUUCCCAUGGUGGGGAAACCACCACGCAAGCAGAGGAGUAGCCGUUUCGUCGUUACAGAGAAGGUUGACAUUGAGAGGCUGCCUCCUUUCCUGGAAACGCCCCCUAGCGAGCGUCCGCAGUUAUUUAUCAAGAAACUUCACCAAUGCGCUGUGUUGUUUGACUUCAACGAUACCAACGCCGAGCUCAAGGGGAAACAAAUCAAGACCCAGACUCUUCACGAAAUGUUGGAAUACAUUUCAACUCAACGCGGUGUCAUAACUGAAACCAUAUACCCCGAGGUAGUCAAAAUGUUUGCCACCAACCUCUUCCGCUCUAUACCCCCUCCUGUCAACCCGACAGGAGAUGCCUUCGACCCGGAAGAAGACGAGCCGGUUCUCGAGCUAGCCUGGCCUCACCUGAAAAUCGUAUACGAGUUCUUUCUCCGGUUUGUGGAGAGCCCGGAUUUCAACACUAACCUGGCAAAGCGAUAUAUUGACCAGAAUUUCGUCUUGAACCUUCUGGAGCUGUUCGACUCGGAAGAUCCUCGGGAGCGCGACUUUCUCAAGACAACGCUGCAUCGUAUCUAUGGCAAGUUCCUGAAUCUCCGGGCUCCUAUACGGCGAAGCAUCAACAACGUGUUCUUCCAUUUCAUCUACGAGACGGAACGGCACAAUGGCAUUGCUGAACUUCUCGAAAUUUUGGGCUCCAUCAUCAAUGGUUUCGCGCUGCCAUUGAAGGAGGAGCACAAGACCUUCCUCAUGCGCGUCUUGAUCCCACUACACAAGGUCAAGAGCUUAUCGAUGUAUCAUCCGCAAUUGGCGUACUGUGUAGUCCAAUUCUUGGAGAAGGACGCGGCGCUAGCGGAGGACGUCGUCCUUGGUUUGCUCAAGUUCUGGCCUAAAGUCAACUCACCGAAGGAAGUCAUGUUUUUGAGCGAGAUGGAGGAGGUUCUGGACGUCAUCGACCCGGUUGAGUUCCAGAAGAUUCAGGUGCCAUUAUUCCAACAACUCGCACGUUGUAUCAAUAGUCAGCACUUCCAAGUCGCAGAGCGGGCUCUGAUGUACUGGAACAACGAGUACAUCGUGAACCUCAUGAGCGACAAUCUAGCGGUAAUUUUGCCCAUUGUCUUCCCGGCCUUGUACGCAAACUCAAGAUCGCACUGGAACCGAACGAUCCAUGGAAUGGUUUACAAUGCUCUGAAACUUUUCAUGGAGAUCAAUCCUGACCUCUUCGAUGAUGCAAUGCAGCAAUAUAAGCAACGAAAACUCGAGGAGCGACAACAUGCUGUUGACCGGUAUGAGGAGUGGCAAAACCUACGCGAGAAAGCCCUCAAGAACUGUGGCGGCAAGCUGCCUCCGAACUUCGUUGAUCACCUACCGACACCACCACCACCACCUGUUGACGACGCGGAUAUCAUGGACUUGACGAUCGACCUCAAUGCAGUGUCGAUAGACGCGGAGGUUCCGCUGAACGAGUUGGAUGAGUCUGGCAUCGAGCGGGUACCGAUGGCGGACCCCGGUCUAGACCGUCCCUUCCCUGAGGUGGGCGUUGAACAUUCUUCACCGGGCGGUGCACACGUCCACUCGAGGCGGAAGAGCGCACUUCCGGUCGAUCCUACCGUGUUGCGAGAUUUGCAAGCACAUAAGAGUCUGGAAGACACAGUGGCGCCUAGCAGUGCCAUGCGUUGAAGGAGUUCGCGAGUCGACCACUGUUACUUCUACGAGGACACUGCUUCCCUGCGCUGUCAUAAUACAUAUCCCACAGUGUCCCCUUCUCUUCAUUGACAUAUACUCGCUGCCAUUUUCGGUCUGAUGUCGGAUUGUUCUCACCUCCAUAGCUUGUGGUGCAUCCUCUCUUUCCCCCGUACUCUACAAUCGCUUUCUCUGUAUGUACUUGCUUGAGCACACUACAUAGUAACCCAUGUGGUCGCA